CACAGGCGAGAAAACCAGCUAGGUUCCGCCCCGGUGCCUGCCCGCCUCCUUUUUAAGCGCCUCCCGCCCAACCUCAGCUCCCUCUGGCUUUGCCACGCUCUUUCCUACCCCGCCUUCCUUGUCUCCCCCGACUGCUCUGGUUCCUGUGGCCACCCCGCAGCGCCAGCCCAGGUGCCAUGACUGCUAUGUACCUCCCCAGCCUGCGGCUUAGCUUGCAUGGGCUGAGGCCCUGGCGCUGGUCACCAUGCCGUAACAUCCAAACUCUGCGGGUACUCAGUGGAGACCUGGGCCAGCUGCCUGCUGGAGUCCAGGACUUUGUGGCACGCAGUGCCCGUCUGUGCCAACCAGAGAGCAUUCACAUUUGUGAUGGGUCUGAGGCUGAGAACGCUGCCACACUGGCCCUGCUGGAACAGCAGGGGCUUAUCCGGAAGCUCCCCAAGUAUGAGAACUGCUGGCUGGCUCGCACAGACCCCAAGGAUGUGGCACGGGUAGAAAGCAAGACGGUGAUUGUAACCCCUUCGCAGAGGGACACAGUGCCCCUCCUGGCUGAUGGGGCCCGUGGGCAGCUGGGCAACUGGAUGUCCCCAGAUGAGUUCCAGCGAGCUGUGGAUGAGAGAUUCCCAGGAUGCAUGCAGGGCCGCACCAUGUACGUGCUUCCGUUCAGCAUGGGUCCCGUGGGCUCCCCACUGUCCCGCAUCGGAGUGCAGCUCACUGACUCAGCUUAUGUGGUAGCAAGCAUGCGUAUCAUGACCCGCCUGGGAACACCUGUGCUUCAGGCCCUGGGAGAUGGUGACUUCAUCAAGUGUCUGCAUUCAGUAGGCCAGCCCCUGACUGGGCAUGGGGAUCCUGUGAGCCCGUGGCCAUGCAAUCCGGAAAAAACCCUGAUUGGCCACGUGCCAGACCAGCGGGAGAUCGUCUCCUUCGGCAGCGGCUAUGGUGGUAACUCCUUGCUGGGCAAGAAGUGCUUUGCCCUGCGCAUCGCCUCUCGCCUGGCCAGGGAUGAGGGCUGGCUGGCAGAGCAUAUGCUGAUUUUGGGGAUCACCAACCCUGCAGGGAAAAAGCGCUAUGUGGCAGCUGCUUUCCCCAGUGCCUGUGGCAAAACCAAUCUGGCUAUGAUGCAGCCUGCAUUGCCAGGCUGGAAAGUAGAGUGUGUGGGGGAUGAUAUCGCCUGGAUGAGGUUUGACAGUGAAGGUCAGCUCCGGGCCAUCAACCCUGAGAAUGGCUUCUUUGGGGUGGCCCCUGGCACAUCUGCUACCACCAAUCCCAAUGCAAUGGCCACAAUCCAGAGUAACACUCUUUUCACCAAUGUGGCCGAGACCAGUGACGGUGGUGUGUACUGGGAAGGCAUUGACCAGCCUCUUCCACCUGGUGUCACUGUGACCUCCUGGCUGGGAAAGCCCUGGAAACCUGGUGACAAGGAACCCUGUGCACAUCCCAAUUCACGCUUCUGUGUCCCGGCUCGCCAGUGUCCCAUCAUGGACCCAGCCUGGGAAGCACCAGAGGGUGUCCCCAUUGAUGCCAUCAUCUUUGGAGGCCGCAGGCCCAAAGGGGUACCUCUUGUGUAUGAAGCCUUCAGCUGGCGUCAUGGGGUGUUUGUAGGUAGCUCCAUGCGUUCAGAGUCCACUGCAGCUGCUGAGCACAAAGGAAAGAUCAUUAUGCAUGAUCCCUUUGCCAUGCGGCCUUUUUUUGGCUAUAACUUUGGACACUACCUCCAACACUGGCUGAGCAUGGAGGGACACAAAGGAGCCCGGCUGCCUCGUAUCUUCCAUGUCAACUGGUUCCGGCGAGAUGAAGCGGGCCGCUUCCUGUGGCCAGGUUUUGGGGAGAACGCUCGUGUGCUAGAUUGGAUCUGCAGACGGUUAGAUGGGGAAGACAGUGCCCAAGAGACUCCCAUCGGGCUGGUACCAAAGGAAGGAGCCCUGAAUCUCAGUGGCCUCAAAGCGAUAGACAACAUUCAGCUGUUCUCCAUCCCCAAGGACUUCUGGGAACAGGAGGUUCGUGAUAUUAGGAGCUACCUGACCGAGCAAGUCAACCAGGAUCUGCCUAAGGAGGUGUUGUCAGAGCUCGAGGCUCUGGAGGGGCGUGUGCGAAGAAUGUGACCUGAGGCUCUAGGCUAGCAAGAACACAACACCCCCAUCUGGCUAGGGAAUUCCCAGGCUCAUAGAAAACAUGGACGGUUUGAUAUUAAAUGUGUGAGUAUUGGAAGGCCAGGCCACAGACCUUCUCCCUUGUUAUCUUAUACGUCUGUGCUGUUUUCACUCCCCAUUUGUCUCCGUAGGCUUCCUUCUAAUAUCAGUCUCGAUACUGGCUCACAUAGUAAGAACUUGUGGAAGAAGGCAUGAUUCUUCAGAAGAAUGUAGCCUGGUAUGGUGAUAUACACCUUUAAUCCUAGAGGCAGCCCGAUCUCGGGGAGUUUGAGACCAGUCUGCCUGGUCUACAUAGCAAGUGCCAGGCCAGCUGGGGCUACAUGGUAAAGAUCAAUUAAAAAAAAAAAAAGAAGAAGAAGAAAGAAAGAAAGGAAGGAAGGAAGGAAGGAAGGAAGGAAGGAAGGAAGGAAGGAAGAAAGAAAGAAAGAAAGAAAGAAAGAAAGAAAGAAAGAAAGAAAGAAAGAAAGAAAAAGGGAGGCCACAGCAGGCUGCUCAGUGUCUAGGGUUAGGGUUCUUUGUCCCAUGCAGACAUGCAUGUCUGCAGAAGUUUCAUUCUGCAGUGACAGCUCCAUUGCUGGUUCUUCUGCUGGUUUCUCCCACCUGACUUGAACCAGGAGUCAUGCAGUCUUUUUGGAGACAAGGUCAGUGAGGGCAGCUCCAACAUUAAUUCUUGUGCUGGUUUCCCCCACCUGACUUGAACCAGGAACCAUACUAUUUUUUUUUCUUUUUUUUUUUUUUUUAACUUGAGACAAGGUCUCAUGAAGCCCAGGCUGGAUUCAAACUCACUGUGCAGCUAAAGAUAACCCUGUCCUCCUGAUCCUCCUCUCUCCCUCCUGGCAAGCAUGCCACCAUCUGUAUGCUAGGUGCCGUUUCUAAGCACCUUAUGAAAGUCCCAUUUUACAGCUCAAAAGUGAGAGUUGGAUUGAGCAAAAUGACAUGUCUUAAAAUCCUGGCACUUGAAGGACCCUAUCACCAAGGCAAGAGAAUUGUGUACACAGUGACCCUGUCUACACAGAAAAUCACAGACCAAAGAUCAUCCAGAGAACGGCCCCACACCUUUGUGUGUACGGGCAGCAGGGUGUUAGUAAAAGAAAAAAAGACUUGAAGUUCAGAGGGGAAUAUGUUGGAAGGGGUCUGGGGAAAAUUGGAAAGGGGAAGUGAACUUGAUCAAAAGACAUAUACAUAUGAAAUUCUCAAAUAAUAAUAAAUAAUAAAAUAUGAGAAAAACCUUCAAACAAAAUGGGAUUCCUGGAAAACUCCUCAGAAGAAAUAACUAGAUGAAGGAAGAAAUAGUGAGUGUUCUCCAAGAAAAGGCCAGAAAACUAGUCAAGGAAGAGAGGUCAGGGUGGCUACACACAGAACACAGCAGUGGAGUACACAACACAAAACUGCAGCCAGGGAAGGCUGAUUGGGUCCCGAAUUAUGGCAGAAGUAAGGUCUAACAUUCUGCUCUGCUGCACUUUAAGGCAGCUAAGGAUAACAAUACCAAAAAGGAGCUGAAGGGCCGGGUAUGGUGGCACAGGCCUUUAAUCCUAGCACUCAGGAGGCAGAGGCAGAAGAAUCUUAGAGUUCGAGGUCAGUCUUGUCUAUAGAGCACGUUCCAGGACAGCCAGGGGGGAGACCCUGUCCCAGAAAAAAGAAAGCAAAAAAGAACUGAAGGAUUUUGAGUGCUUUCUGUUUUGUACCACAAAGAAAUGGUUGAGGGGAGUUCAUCCUAAUUUGAACAUUACAUAGUGCACCCAUGCAGCUGAGCAUCCCACGAUACCUCAUAAAUAUGCACAAUCUUACAGUCAGAUCCUUAUCUUCAUCAUUAGCAAGGGGUGAAAACAAUGUUUUCUGCACACAGUGGCUCUGUCCCUUCAUCUAUAGCGUGGGAAUGUGUCUCUACCGUACAAUGCUGGGAUAACUUGAGUCAGUGGAGGCAAGCACUUAACGAGCAGCGACCGUUAGCUGUCAGCUCCUCUCCACUCUACAGUGAUUAGAGUUGGCCCUAAUUAUGGAGCUGACUCUGCAUUGAAGAGGAAAAAGGAGCCAGGCGGUGGUGGCGCAUGCCUUUAAUCCCAGCAGAGGUAGGCAGAGCUCUGUGAGUUCAAGGCCAGUCUGGUCUACAAGAGCUAGUUCCAAGACAGUCAGGGCUAUUACACAGAGAAACCCUGACUUGAAAAACCGAAAGAAAAAAAAAAGCAGUGAAAAGAAAAUUUAGGAGGAAAAGACACCUUUCUAUGUAGCCAAGAAUAACCUUGAAUAGGAGGUUCUCCUGCCUCCUGCCUCCUAUCUCUAGAGACAAGCACACAUCACCAAGCCAGGAUGAUGUACUGGCAAUAGAUAGCACCCAAAGCCUUGAGUGAUAGGCAAAUGCUCUACCAACUUGGCUACAUUCCCCCAGACUAUGGCCUUUCAAAAGGAUAGUCAGUUAAAACAGCACACAUAAUAAAUUUAAAUACUGCACUUAAUAAAGUAUAUUUACUAAUGCUCAAAUCUUCCCACCUUAGCUUAUAGAAACUUGGCUGAGUCAUUUUAACAGGGUGCUGACAGUCCCUGCCUAUUUCUCUGGUGAUAAGGAUUGCUGUACAAACAUCCUGUAUAUUUUAUGCUCCAGCCCUGGAAUCAACCAGCCCUCUAAGAAACUGGAGUCUUUCAGUAGGAAACAAUAUGAAAAACCAUCAAGAUCCCAAACAUAGUAGCACACACUUGUAACCUCAGACAAGGACAAUGGAGAGUUUGAGGCCAGCCUAACAAUAUAACCAUGACAUGGUGCCCAGGCUGACCUCAAAUUUCCUGCAUACUGGGAUUAUGGGAACCAGCCACCACACCCAACUUUGACUUGUCCCAGAAAACAGACAACAGGGCCAGCAAGACUGCUCAGUAGGUGAAGAUGCCCGCUGCCAAGUCGGACAACCUGAGUUCAGUCCUUAAGACCCACACGGUAGGAGGGAACCAACUCUCUUUUCCACAUCCACAAGCCCACACACAUCACAAACACAGGUGCACAUGAAUAAAACUGGCAAAAACAAAAUAAAACACAACCUGUGCACUCUGUGUUUGUGAAUCUGUCAUUCUUUCUAGACCUUUCCAGUGAUAGAAAGAUAAAACACAUGUGAUAAAACAAUGACAA